UAACACACACUGUGACUGGGCAGCCGACUUCAGGAAGCUUAGAAAAAAAGUGUUCCAGGAUCAGGACACGCAGAUUUUCUCUCUCUCAGUCUCAAAGGGAGGAGGACAAGAGCUUUCCGUUUUCUUUGAGGAGUUGAACGUCGCUGCCUGACAGCCAUGGCUUCUCAGAACAGCUAUGGCAGCAACCUACUGUUCCAGACUAUGAACGAUGACCUAAACGCAUCGCUGGCCAGCGCGGACGAGCUUGACAAAGAGUUCAGCACCAUGAUGAGGACGGCCUCCUCUGGACCACCGGACGCACAGCGCCGUGGAUAUCCGAUUCCUCAACAGCAGCACAUCUCCUCACCAUCCAGCACGUCCAACUCACUGAGGGGGUCGAGCAGCUGGAAUAACAUCAGCUCAAUGUCACCGCCGUACACACCCAGCGCAUCAACCCUCCACCCGAUGGACUCCAUGGUCACCAUGAUCAAAAGUGCGCCCACUUCCCCGGUGCCUUCAGUCAGCUCGGUUUCCUCGCCCAAGAUCAGUCGGGCCGCCUCGCCUCUGCCCCAGGGCGCUUUGAGCCCCAAGCAUUCGCCCCACAGCCAGAGGAGAAGCUACGAUUGGAGUCCCCGCGGUUCGGUGGGCUACAUGGAGAGGAGCUCGUCCCCCAAUCGCACCGCCGCCUCUCACCGACCCCUGCCCUCGCCCAACCGGCUCAGCCCCUUCGACGGUCGCGGGUCGCCUCGGCCCGACCGGGGUCCCUCGCCUUUAGCUUUUCAUCAUCCCGCGGCAGAAACGCUUCCUCGGGCUUUUAGUUUCAGACAACCAGAUGAGGGCGUGCAGAAGCAAAAGAGUCCCGGCAAGUGGAACGAGACGGAUCUAGACAUGUCCUUCGAUAGCAAGCCUCACCACACUUAUGACAAGAGCGAUUGGAUCAGAGCCACCGUGCCCAACAGUAACUGGAGAGAGUCCAACCUAGAUGGCCCUUCACCGGCCCCCAGCCCCAAAAAGAAUCCUCGCGCUCCGCCUGUCCAGUUCUCUCACAGCUCCCUGCCAAGGAACACUCGGGUGUCAGUCCUCCCGGACGUGCCGUCGUCGACCCAAUCCCAUCAGUACCACCAGCAACCCAUCAUUUCCCGGAUUUCCAUUCCGCCCGCUGCUGCCCAAUCUCGCCAACGCAGGCCCAUCCCGCUCUCCGUCAUCAUGCGUCUCCAGAACCCCCAGUGGGGAGCUACGUCCGCCAGAAUGACUCCAGGGGGGCACCAUGGAGACCAAUGGGAGGCUCCUUACCAGACUGGCGGAUCCAGAAAUUUCUUCUUCAACCAGGCCGCCAUGCAGCCGCCGCCUGAACUCAGACAACCGGCCAUUUACAGCGACGCAUUGAACCCAGGUGACAUCGACGCUGAGCUGUCCAGACUGGACUUAGUUCACCACGUUCCCAUGAUCCACGAGGGCCCUCCCCGGCCCCUCAGUCCUACCCGGCUCCAGCCCGUGGUGGCCCCCGAGGCCCAGAGCCAGGAAAUUCCCGACAUAGAGGAGCUGCUUCGCAUCCGGUCGGAGAUCCCUCGACCUCUGAAGAGGCGCGGCUCGGUCGAACCGUCGCAGCCCCUGAAGAAUGCGUCGCAGUAUGAACCCAACCAGUACAAGAAGCUCAUCAACAAGCUCUUCCAGCGUAAGGAGCGGCGGCACAAGGGCGAGGAAGGCGGCAGUGAGAGCAGCAGCUCCUCUGAGGGGGAGGACAACAGCGCUGCGCUUCCUCCGCUGCGACCGCCCCAGGCCACCACCCUCCAAGAUUGCAGAAACUACCAUUCUAUCCUGAGGGCCAGCCGGGAGCGCAAAAGUUCCGGGAGACGAGCCCGCCUGAGCCCGCUGGUGCUGGCGCUGGACGGUGCGCUGGUGGGAGAGCUGGAAACAGUGCAGCGGGCCGUACAAGAGAUGCCGGACCCGAGCCAGUCUAACGACGAGGGUAUCACGGCGCUCCACAACGCCAUCUGUGGCGGCCAUUAUAAUGUGGUGGAUUUCCUGGUUCGCAUCGGCGCCAAUGUCAGCGCGCCGGACAGCCACGGAUGGACUCCGCUGCACUGCGCGGCGUCGUGCAACGACCGGCCGCUGUGCGAGUUCCUGGUGAGGAACGGCGCGGCUGUCAUGGCCAUGACUGAGAGCGACGGCGCCACGGCCGCACAGAAGUGCGACCCGUACGCCGUCGGCUUUGAGGAGUGCGAGAGCUUCCUGAGAGGCGUGGAGGAGGCGAUGGGCACGGAGAACAGCGGAGUGCUGUACGCCUUGUGGAGUUACCCGGCGCAGGCCCCGGACGAGCUCACCUUCCGAGAGGGGGACAUGGUCACCAUCCUGCAGAAGGUUGACAGCUCCGACUGGUGGUGGGCCUCGCUGUGCGGCCGCGAGGGCUUCGUACCCAGCAACUACUUUGGGCUUUUCCCCAAGGUUCGACCAAAGUCUCUCUCUUAGCUGGGAAAAAUGCACUUGGGUCAAGCGGCGCACAAUGUAUUGUGUGUUUCACCGAUUUGCUCAGUCAAAGACAGUUGAAGGACGAGUCUCAGUAUUCUUUUUCUUUUUUUCACUUUCGUUGCUUUUUAACACAACAUACACAGAACCCGCUCACCACCACAUAAUGUUGGAUAGCUUUCAGGUUGGCAAACAAGGAAGUGGUCCGCAUAUAUUUUUUUUUACAGCUUCUCUAAUAUUCUGUGAAUUUCAAUAUUCAUCAAUUCUCAAUAUGUUUUUAGUGUGAUGUCUAAUAUGUUAUACUCCAACUUUAAGCCUGGUUAUGUGACUGGAAAGGAACUAAAAAAAAAAAAAAGAAUGAGUCUUCUA